AUGUUAUCUAUUUUUGGUAGAAAUAUUCGCUCUUUAAUUGAUUCGGGUGCUGCGCUUUCCUUUAUUUCUCACACACUUGCUAGCUAUGCAAAUCAAAUGUCAGAGCCUUUAGAUAAUGAAUUGGUAGUAAUGACUUUAGUGGGGGACUCACUUUUAGCAAAUCGUGUAUAUAAAGAUUGUGGGAUUAGAGUGAACAAUCAUGAGUUGAAAGCAGAUUUAAUUCCUCUUGACAUUCAUGAGUUUAAUGUUAUUUUGGGGAUGGAUUUUCUAUCUAAUCACCGUGCUUCAGUUGAUUGUUUUCACAAGGAAGUGGUAUUUAGAAGCCCAAGAGAGCUUAAAAUUGUUCUCACUGGAGAGCGCAGAAUUUUGCCAUCUUGUGUAAUAUCUGUCCUGAAUGCUCGCAGAAUGCUCAAAAAGGGUUGUGAAGCAUAUUUAGCUCAUAUGAUUGACACUCAGAUCACUAAAUUGAAACUUGAAGAUAUACCAGUGGUAAAAGAUUUUCCUGAUAUUUUUCCUGAAGACCUUUCGGGAUUACCCCCAAAUAGGGAGAUAGAAUUCUGUAUUGAUUUGAUUCCCGGGACAGCACCUAUUUCACAGGCACCUUAUCGAAUGACUCCGAAAGAGUUGAAGGAAUUAAAGGUACAAUUACAAGAAUUGAUAGAUAAGGGUUUCAUUAGACCCAGUGCAUCCCCAUGGGGAGUUCCUGUAUUAUUUGAAAAGAAGAAAGAUGGCACUAUGAGAUUAUGUAUUGACUAUAGACAGCUGAAUAAGAUGACUAUUCGCAAUAAGUAUCCUCUGCCCUGCUUGAUGAUUUGGAAAGCUAAUGUGGUUGCAGAUGCUCUCAGUAGAAAGACUAGUUCUUCCUCUUCAGCUAGUGCAGUUUAUGCUUCUUUGAUUUGUGAAUUCAAGAAAUUGCAUGCUCAUUUGUCAGCUACUACGGCAGGUGCUGUAUUAGCUCAUUUUCAUGUGAGGCAUACUUUAAUUGAUAAGGUCAUAGAAGCUCAAGCCCAAGACUUGACAAUGAGAACUUUGAAAGAAGAAGUUAGUGUCGGGUUACGAACGGAUUAUGUUAUUAGGAAUGAUGGUGCAUUGGCUAUGGGUAAUAAUAGAUUAUGUGUUACAGAUAUCCCAGAAUUGAAGAAGGAAAUUUUAGAAGAGGCACACAGUUCUGCUUAUGCUAUACAUCCAGGUAGUAUUAAAAUGUAUCGUACAUUGAAAGAUCAUUAUUGGUGGCUUGAUCGUUUGACCAAAACUGCCAAGUUCUUGCCAAUCAAAGCCACUUAUACUUUAAAUAAGUUGGCAAAGUUGUAUGUGGAUGAGAUAGAAGCCGUGGGUACUAAACUACAUUUCAGUACAGCUUUUCAUCCUCCGACAGAUGGCCGAUCAGAGCAGACCAUACAGACUCUUGAGGAUAUGUUGAGGGCUUGUGUUUUAGAGCUCAAGGGUAGCUAG